AUGUCGAAAAGCUGUGGAAAUAAUUUAGCGGCCAUUUCUGUAGGAAUUUCGCUUCUUUUACUCUUAGCGGUUUGUGGAAUUGGGUGUGUUUGGCACUGGAAACACCGUGUUGCCACACGAUUUACCUUACCGAGGUUUUUGCAAAGGAGAAGCAGCAGGAGAAAAGUCUGUACUAAAACAUUCUUGAGCCCCCGCAUCAUUGGCUUAAGGCAUGAAAUCUCAGUUGAAACCAAAGACCACAAAUCUGCUGUCAGGGGAAAUAACAUACACGACAACUAUGAAAAUGUGGAAGCAGGUCCUCCCAAAGCUAAAGGAAAAACCGAUAAGGAACUAUAUGAAAACACAGGGCAGUCUAAUUUCGAGGAGCAUAUCUAUGGAAAUGAGACAUCUUCUGACUAUUAUAACUUCCAGAAGCCUUGUCCUUCUGAAGUUCCUCAAGAUGAAGAUAUAUACAUUCUUCCAGAUUCAUAUUAG